CCACCCCUCACCAUACUAGCACCCCUCACCACCAUGGCAAGUGGCACACGCUCCAAAGCGGACUCUGACAUGAAACAAAAAAUAGCUGAACUCAGAGAACUCGCGGCCGUCAUGUAUGACGAUGAGGCAAAGCAGAAAGAAUAUGUGAGGGCAGAAUUUGAGAAGGAGAGGGAAGAGAGUAGAAAGGAGAAGGAAAGGGAACAUGAAAUAGCUAUGGAAAGAGAGAAAAGGGAAGCUGAAGUAGCUAUAGCUAUAGCUAUAGCUAAAGAAAAGGAAAUCACGGAGCGAGAAAGGGAAAAAGAAAAACAAAUAACUGAGAGAGAAAGGAUAGCCGCGGAGAAAGAGAACGGAACCGCCAGUCAAGCUUCCUCCGGAUCUCGCCCGGCUAGCCCUGCCUCCCAGCAAAGUUCCUCAAACGGCCUACCCCACAUGCCAAUGGAGCACUUCGACGACAAGACAGAGAACAUCGAAGUUUAUCUUGUCCGUUUCGAAGAAGUUGCGAGCUACUACGGUCUGCCAGAGGAGAAAUGGUGCUUCCAGCUAUCCCAAUGCCUCCGAGGCAAAGCCUACGAAGUAUACUCUAAACUCCCCUCCGGCCAGCGAGAAGACUACGCAGCCCUCAAACAGGCGCUACUCGUCCAAUUCGAGCUGACUGCCGAGGCUUACCAAAAGAAAUUCAGGACAUCCCGCCUAGAGCGCCGAGAGACCUACGGUAAUCUCUGCGACAGGUUGGACAAAUACCUGAAGAGGUGGCACACUCUUAGCGAACUGCCAGAGACUUUGGACGGCCUAGUGAGCCUCAUACUCGCAGAGCAGUUGCUAGAGUGCAUGCCUAACGAGGUCAAAAUCUUUGUAAGGGAGCAGCAAGCCGCUACACCAGCCGACAUAGCUUCAGCUGCAGACCGGUACGCGACUGCCCGCAAAGACGUUAAGGACAUCAAAAGCAAGACCUCAGCCUCGGACAAACCAGAGGACCAGCCCACUUCUUCCAACAAACACGCUCCUUCUAGCCAACCCUCUCCUUUUGCUAAACCUCAUCACCAAAAAGCACCAAUCCAACGACCAGCCACGCCUACUAGCUACGACAGACGAAGCCACCCGCCUCGACAUGGCCAGACCAAUAACCAUCACCGUGACCGGAACAGCACGAGUGAUCACAGGCCCAAUCGACAGCAUCAGGCCCCACGUACUGUGUCAGCCAUGACUGAGCUCCCUGAACCCUCUUUGCAUAAUCAGCCAUCGCCUCUUGAUGAGGAAGAGGAGGACUAUUACGUCAUAUCAGCGCUGACCGUGGCCCCUGUACCCACUGCUUGUGGCCUUACCCAACCGAUACCGCCUCACCCCAUCGUAUCACCCCCUGGGGUAGAGAUUAUUCUGAUUAACGGAUCUCCUGUCCAGGCACUAUUCGAUUCCGGAUGUGAGGUGAGCUCUGUCAUCAGCAAAGCACUGGUCGACCCAUCGGAUCUCACUGGUGGAUCAGUGACGGUUCAAUCUCUAGACCGUGGCAUUCCUCCGAAGGUGUAUCCUAUCGCUCGGGUCCACGUAGAAUGCAAGUAUGUACAUGGCACCAUUGAUGCAGUAGUCAUGGACUCGCCAGUAUACGACUUUGUUCUAGGCUCCAGGUACAUACCUCUAGGAGUUGUCAAUAAACCAUACUUCUCUCUGCCUGUCGGUAGAAUGACAAAGCAGAAACGUGGCAGCAACCAGCCGGUUGGAAGCCCUGGUCGCCACUCUAACAAACCCUUUACUGGCUCUUCAGCCAAGCUCAAGCCGCGCCACCCUGGCACUGGCACUGCUAGGAAGUCACGAGGUAAGCGAAAUACCUGCACUCGUGAGAGUUCUUGUAACUCCCGCUCUUCAGCUAUCAAACCACUAAUGCCUGGCACUGAUCCUGCCAGGAAGUCACAGAAGAAAGUGAACUUUCACUCUCGUGAAAGUGGGCCUCAUCACAGCUCCACACCCCCUAUAAGGCCACUCUCCCCUGACAUUGACCGUGUCAGGAAAAUUAGAGGUAAGCCGAUCAAUCGCACUCACGAAGAAACGCCUCACUAUGGCUUUAGAGAUAAGCCCCGUCCAACGUACGCGCAUUGGGCACUCCGCCAUAACACUUAUCCCACUUACUGGUCUGCCCCAAGAAGGAGAUGUACCCAAUCCUAUCAACCCGGCCUAUUACCCCAGGUUUCCAGAAUUGCCCCUUCCACGUGGCAAUCCACCUGCGGACAGAACAUAGGCGACAGCGGACCCUUAGGACGGACACCCCUCUGGACCUUGGCAACCUCUUAACUACUGGGAAAGUUUUCUUAAAUGCUACGACCGACAGUAGACGAAACUUGAGCGAUACCAACGUGAGCACUUUAUAGAUCUUUUAACCAAGACCUAUCUUACGCGGGGAGGGUUGUGACGAACCGUUUUAGCUCACUCGAGGUAUCACUCAGGUCUAAGCAUUUAAUUAAUUUAUUUACUCGCUAUUAAUCAUCAAUUUUAUUAAUUUAGCCAAUCAAGCGCUAAAAUACACAGCCACCACCCCUCCAAUCCAACCCCACCCCCUUUGGCAGCGAUGUCACAUUUUACUAUCCCCACUUUGACACGUGUCACACUAGACUCUUGACAAGAGUACACUCCCUCCAUCUAUCGUGGCAAACAUCCGUUGACCCCCCCCCCCCUUUUCGGGA